AUGAUUCAAGGAAGAGUGAGCAGCAUGGAGCUGACAGCGAGCCGCACAGAGCGAUUCACCGUGAGAGAGCGCUUUGACUGUCUGACAGACGCGUUCAGGUGUCUCCAGGCGGGAUCGUGUCCCACGCAGAGUGCAGCGGAUGUGGCGGGUGUGAUCAUUUCCGGGGUGUGUGGACUGCCCGGCCGGGACCGAGACCGUGCUGCUGCAGGGUCCUGGCAUGACAGCAGUCUGGAGCUGACCUACAUCAGUGUGACUCUGGUGGAGAAGAUCACCUCCAGCCUAUCGUCUCAGAGCCUUGCUCCAGCAGUCGCGUUGUACUGCGUGGAGCUCCUCAGGGUGUUGUUUAAAGACAUGGAUCUGAUGUCGCAGCUUGUCCACCAGUUCCAGGUUGAGGACCAGAUCAUCUCACAUCUGGCUGCCAAGAGCGUAUCCACAUGUGUUCUCUACCAUCUCCACCAAACUGGCACUGUCAGUCCGGCCUGGGAGCAGAAGUGUCUGCAGGCCUUCCACGGCUCGCCCCCCGGCACUGAACUGGACGCCUGUCUGUGGUCACUGACAGAGGUCUUAAAAAGACUUCUGAAAGGAGCUCAUCGAGAGGUCCUCAGCAAACUCCUUGCAGCUUUUGACUCCAGCCUAAGUGCUUUAUGUUCAAAGUUCCUCCCUGAAGAGAGAAAAGAGGCAAUGCAGCGUUGGAUAGAUUUUACCAGCAGUAGACACUGGAGAACAACAUUCUGCCUCCUGCUGGACCUGCUGGAGGUGUUGACUGCAUCCAGUGGAAUAUGUGGAGCUGAUGUCUGUUUGCAGAGUCAGAGAUUAACCCACAUUCACUCCUCAGCGCUCCUGAUAACAGUCAGCUGCUCCUCAGAGUAUUUUGUGAAAAAGCGAGCGCUGCUGCUUCUAAAGCGAGCUGUGCUUCAGAAGGCCGGGGAGGAGUGGGCUUUGGGAGAAACGCUGUUCACUGGGCUGAAGCAUGAACACUUCAACUCUGAUAUGAGCACGCUGACUCGCAGUGUGUUAACAGCAGUGGCUGCUGGCUGGUUACAGACAGUUCAGGUGGAUUCUGCCUCGUUCUUUGGGGGGACCAGACACAUCCGAGGUGACGGAGGUCAGAAACCGGACUGUGUGAUGCUUAGAGCUGUCAGCCUGCUUCUUCUCAAGUCCAUGGAGCUUCACGUCCAAACUGCUGGUGGAGCAGCAGGCGUGGACGGUGCCGCGGAGGUGCAUGGCUGUCUGCGCAGUCUGUGGGGCUUCCUGAAGAGGCACAGCGUCCAGCUGAUGGAGGUCACUCACCUCUGCUGCUGGGUCAGCCUGCUGUUUGGAGAACAGGACGACGACAUGAUGGAGGCAGCGAAGGCUUCGCUUUCCAUAUUCCUUCAUCACAGACGGUUUUCUGGGCUGGAUGACUUCGCUGUGUUGGAGGCGGCCUGCGCCUCUGGCUGCAACCCUCACUGCCACUUCCUGCUUCUGCUUCAGAGCAUCUCCUUCGACCACAGCAUCCUCCUCGACUUCCUCAUCUCCACCGAAACCUGCUUUCUGGAGUACUUCGUGCGCUACCUCAAGUACCUCAGAGCUGACGGGCAGGGCUUCGCUGCAGCCUGUGGACGAAUCAGCACGUCAGACCGUCAUCUUUCACUGCAGAAGGCGCUUGCUGCCUCAUGUGGUGGUGGGAUGUUUGCACUGACAUAUAAAACAGAGCCAGAUCAAGCUGACGUCAGCUCCUGUGUCCAGCCCGCAGGUGUUGUUUCACCUGUGGAAAUGAGCGGUUUGAACACUGGGCUCCGCCUUGUAGACUACGCUGACUCUGACGAGUCUGAUCCAGAGAACAUGGAUUCUCAGGAUGAACCGUGGAUGUCUGGAUGUGACAGAGGUAGAUUCAGUGGAGCACCAGUACCUAUCAGACAGAGACAAUAUGAAUCCUCUCGCUCAGCAGGAUUACUGAGUCAACAUUAUUCCACAGCGGACAGAGGAGCAGACGGGUCAGUGCUGCAGGUGUUCCACAGUGAGCAAACAUCAUGUUCAAACAUGGCACCUGUGGCAGGACAGGACACAUCAGCCAGAGCCGUCUGCUGUCUUUCCGAGCUCAGGGAGGUGGUGACGAGGCUGCAGACAAAGAAACUCUUCCCAUACAACCCCUCCUCACUCCUACAGCUCUUAACACAAGUGUUGAACUGCUCCCAGCAAUCACUCCUGUCACAUUUCAAUAAAUGA